GCGCACGCCUUUGCCCAUCACCAUCUUCCGCAUUGCAUCAUCCCCCGGACUCCCGCGUGUUGGCGCAUCGCUUGCGGUGGAUUGAUAGUUUAUAUUCGCUUCUAUUACCAUCUUUGUCCUCACGACAUAGACUGGUCUCUGCUGCGCAAGAGUGUGGCGAGAGUUGUACCUUGUUUUUUUCACGUUUUGCUUUUGCCUCCUGAUUGCCCUCGACUCGAUGCCCACGCGCUUCAGUGUAGGCUCUGCAUAUAAUUAACCGAAGGCUUUAUCUGCGACUAGAAACUUCGGAUUUGCGACAUACACUUUGCACCCUGCUCGAUUUUUUGCGCACGAAUCAGUGAAGCUUGAGCGCGCCGCGGUCGGAUUGAAGAACGCCUCAGAAGUUGCAAGGAACAACGUUGCCCAACAUGGCCGACUACGACGAGGAUUUCGAUUACGAAAACUACGAGGAGGAAGAGUCUGGAAUUACCCCCGAAGACUGCUGGACCGUCAUCUCGUCAUUCUUCGAAACUAAGGGCCUUGUCUCCCAACAGACGGCGUCGUUCGAUGAAUUCACACAGUCCACAAUCCAGGAUCUCGUUAACGAGUAUUCCAAGAUCUCCCUUGACCAACCCAACCCACCCUCUGCUGAUGGCCGCAACAUCAGCGUCCGCCGAUACGAGAUCGAAUUUGGCAGUGUCAUGGUUUCAAGGCCUUCUAUCAGUGAAACUGAUGGAACAGUCACGUCGUUGCUGCCCUAUGAAUGCCGCGAUCGCAACCUGACCUACGCUGCCCCUGUAUACAUAAAAAUCACAAAGAAUGUCUCUAUUGCGGUGGAAAACGAGGUGCCUCUUCAUGAAUUGGACGACUCACAGCAUGCAGAAUAUGCGAGAACGGGCGAGCUACCCAAGCGCUUAGCUUGGGAGUCCGAGAGUAGUGGUGAUAUGGACGAUAACACAAAGUCUGGUGUCUGGAAAGAUAUGGUGUUUGUUGGAAAAUUGCCGGUUAUGGUCAAAUCUAAGGUCUGUCACUUGAGCCGUGAGCAAGACGAGAACUUGUUUCUCGUUAACGAAUGCCCCUACGAUCAAGGUGGCUACUUUGUCAUCAAUGGCAGUGAGAAGGUUUUGAUUGCUCAAGAGCGCUCGGCGGCCAAUAUCGUGCAGGUUUUCAAGAAAGCACAACCUAGCCCCUAUACAUACACGGCAGAGAUUCGCAGUGCUUUGGAGAAGGGAUCGCGCCUAAUUUCGAGUCUCAUGCUAAAGCUCUAUGGCAAGGGUGAUUCAGCUCGUGGCGGCUUCGGCCAAACGAUCCAUAUGACGCUGCCAUUCGUCAAGUCGGACCUUCCCGUCGCUAUUGUCUUCCGUGCGCUCGGUGUUGUGUCAGAUGAGGAUAUCUUGAACCACAUUUGCUAUGAUCGAAAGGAUAGCCAGAUGCUCGAAAUGCUACGACCUUGUAUCGAGGAGGCAUUUUGUGUCCAGGAUCGUGAAGUUGCCUUGGAUUUCAUCGGAAAGCGUGGUAACCGUGACCAGGCUGGGCUUGGCCGCGAAAAGCGUAUUCGUGUUGCAAGAGAUAUCUUGCAAAAGGAAACUCUGCCGCAUAUUUCUCAAGAUGCUGGUAGCGAGACGAGAAAGGCAUUCUUCGUCGGAUACAUGGUGCACAAGCUCCUGCAAUGCGCCCUUGGCCGUCGUGAACCUGAUGAUCGUGAUCAUUUCGGCAAGAAGCGCCUGGAUCUUGCUGGUCCACUGCUUGCAAAACUCUUUCGCGGCAUCAUGCGCCGCAUGCAUAAUGAGCUCGCCAAUUAUCUGAGACGUUGCGUCGAGGGCAACCGUCACUUCAAUUUAGCUGUUGGUAUCAAGCCUGGUACAUUGUCAAACGGCUUGAAGUACUCUCUUGCGACAGGCAACUGGGGAGACCAGAAGAAAGCAAUGAGCUCUACCGCUGGUGUCUCCCAAGUGUUGAACAGAUAUACCUUUGCGUCUACUCUGUCACAUUUGCGUCGAACCAACACUCCUAUCGGACGCGAUGGCAAGUUGGCCAAGCCGAGACAACUGCACAAUACUCAUUGGGGUCUGGUUUGCCCUGCCGAAACACCCGAAGGACAGGCUUGUGGUCUAGUCAAAAACUUGUCCCUCAUGUGUUACGUCAGUGUCGGUUCUCCGGCAGAACCUCUCAUUGAUUUCAUGAUUAGCAGAGGCAUGGAUGUUAUCGAAGAAUAUGAGCCGCUUAGGUACCCGCAUGCCACCAAGAUCUUUAUCAACGGUGUUUGGGUUGGUGUGCAUCAAGAUCCAAAGCACCUUGUUAACCAAGUGUUUGAUACUCGCCGUAAGGGAUACCUGCAAUAUGAAGUAUCCCUUAUUCGCGAAAUCCGUGAUCAAGAAUUCAAGGUAUUCUCUGAUGCUGGUCGUGUCAUGCGUCCAGUCUUCACGGUUCAGCAAGAAGAUGAUGCCGAAACCGGUCUGGAAAAGGGUCAGCUUGUGCUUACCAAGGACUUGGUGAACAGGCUUGCCGCUGAGCAAGCCGAUCCCCCAGAAGACCCGGACCAGAAAUUUGGCUGGGAAGGCCUUAUUAAAGCUGGCGCUAUCGAAUAUCUUGAUGCCGAAGAAGAAGAAACAUCGAUGAUUUGCAUGACGCCAGAGGAUUUGGAAUACUAUCGUCUACAGAAAGCAGGUAUUGCUGUUGAUGAAGACCCUGGUGACGAUCCCAACAAGCGAUUGAAGACCAAGACGAACCCGACUACGCACAUGUACACUCAUUGCGAGAUUCAUCCUAGUAUGAUCCUCGGCAUCUGCGCUAGUAUUAUCCCUUUCCCUGAUCACAACCAAUCACCCCGUAACACGUACCAAUCUGCCAUGGGUAAGCAGGCCAUGGGAUUCUUCUUGACUAACUACUCGCGACGUAUGGAUACCAUGGCGAACAUUCUCUACUACCCACAGAAGCCUUUGGCUACAACGCGAUCCAUGGAAUUCCUUAAGUUCCGAGAACUCCCCGCUGGACAGAAUGCUAUUGUCGCCAUCUCUUGUUACUCGGGCUACAACCAAGAAGAUUCUGUUAUUAUGAAUCAGAGCAGUAUUGACAGAGGUCUUUUCAGAAGUUUGUUCUUCCGAUCGUACUCUGACCAGGAGAAGAAGGUUGGUCUCAAUUAUACCGAAGUGUUUGAGAAACCUUUCCAUCAGAAUACUUUGCGCAUGAAGCAUGGAACAUACGACAAACUUGAUGAGGAUGGUAUUGUUGCCCCUGGUGUCCGUGUUUCCGGUGAGGAUAUCAUCAUUGGUAAAACAGCGCCAAUUGACCCUGAAGCUCAAGACCUUGGAACCAGGACAACAGCCCACCAGCGCCGCGAUAUUUCGACACCGCUACGCAGCACUGAAAACGGUAUUAUUGACUCUGUUAUUGUGACUGUCAAUGCCGACAAUGUCAAAUACGUCAAGGUUCGCGUCAGAACUACCAAGAUUCCCCAGAUUGGUGACAAGUUUGCUUCUCGUCACGGUCAGAAAGGUACUAUUGGUGUCACCUACCGACAAGAAGACAUGCCAUUCACCCGUGAAGGUGUUACUCCUGACAUUAUCAUCAACCCUCACGCCAUUCCGUCUCGUAUGACAAUUGCUCAUUUGAUUGAGUGUCUGCUGAGCAAAGUUUCCACUUUGGAAGGCAUGGAGGGUGACGCAACUCCCUUCACAGACGUCACCGUUGACUCGGUUUCCGAAUUGCUUCGGAAGCAUGGGUACCAGUCUCGUGGCUUCGAGGUGAUGUACAACGGUCACACAGGCCGUAAGCUGCGAGCACAGGUCUUCUUUGGCCCAACAUACUACCAGCGCCUUCGCCAUAUGGUAGAUGACAAGAUCCAUGCUCGUGCUCGCGGUCCCCUCCAGAUUAUGACACGACAGCCCGUCGAAGGCAGAGCUCGUGAUGGUGGUCUACGUUUCGGUGAAAUGGAACGUGAUUGUAUGAUUGCCCAUGGUGCAGCGGCCUUCUUGAAGGAGCGUUUGUUUGAAGUCUCGGACGCUUUCAGAGUUCAUGUUUGCGAGAUCUGCGGUCUUAUGACACCCAUUGCAAAUCUCUCUAAGCAAUCCUUUGAAUGCCGACCUUGCAAGAACAAGACCAAGAUUGCACAGAUCCAUAUCCCGUAUGCCGCCAAGUUGCUCUUCCAGGAGCUACAAUCUAUGAACAUCGCAGCAAGACUCUUUACCAACAGGUCAGGUGCUUCGGUACGAUAGGAGCUCAGAUAGAGCGCGGAGAGUGUCUUCUUGUGGAAGGCUGCAAAUUGCCAAAAAGGUGGCUCGUUUCGUUUCGUUGAAAGUUCGUUCUGCCAUCUUUUCGUUUGAUUUUUCUUUGCGGACAUCCAAUGGAGUGGAGCAGCGGGGUGCAAAGAGUAAUAUGCAUGUACCAAUAAAUAGGAUAACAAAUAUAAGGAUUCAAUGAAGAGAGGACGGAAGCCACACCGGGUGAACAUGAAUAUGAGAAACUAUACUGUUGUACUAUUACAUAUUAUACAAUUAUACAAGUGUUAUGUAGAGAGGGUCACUGGAGCUGUCUACUUCGAGGCUGGACCAUUCCCUUGUCCGCCGGGGGGCGCUGACGGCUCGAUCGUACUAUGGACAGAUUGGUGUCGCUUGUAUUCUUUCUCGAGCUCGCGUUGCAUGUCGAAAUCGAGUUGUCGCUCCUUCUUUAUGCGCUGCUGCUCCAUAUCUCGAACCACGCCUUCAUGCAUCGCCUGCGAGGAACGGUUAGUGACUUGCAGAACCCGAUGUUAAAUGCUGUUGCGGCAUACUGCUUGCUCUGCUUGUUGCUGGAAGUGGACAAAUGCGACUGUCGAGACGGCAAAGAGUGACGUGCCCAGUAGCGUGAGCUUGGAAGCGCGUGACAUAAUUGACGUGUAGUUUUAUAUAACUGCUAUAUCUUUGUACAAUAUUCUGGACUAUUUAUGGUGCAAUUGAGAAAGCUUCUGUAGCGUAUCGAAUAAGGAGGCCGACACCGU